UUCAGUCUCCUAAAUCGUUUGGUGCAUUUUGCAGAUGUAUUGGAUGAAACUGCACACUGACUGACGAGGCUGACUCCUUGUGCAGUUUUACCUCUGCCCCAGGGUGGGAUCGUUUCUCACAGUCACACGGAGCAGCCAAAUCCGAACCUUAUAUCCUGUAAAUCUAUCCGAGCCUACACCCAGCCGGAUCUGAUCUGCUGACGUGUCGGCUCCUCCAGCUCCCAGUGCUCAUGCUCCAGCAGCAGAGUCGAGUUAGUCAACUGAAACUGCCAGCAUGGCAGCAAAACACUUCUACCGACAGGGCUUUUUAUUACUUUUAUUUAAUUUUAUUUCAACCGCAGCCUUGGAAAAAAGGUUCUCCGACCUUAAAAGAUGCGCCGAUGAGGAGUGCAGCAUGCUUCUGUGUCGGGGAAAAGCUAUCAAGGAUUUCUCGGGACCAGACUGUCGGUUCCUGAAAGUCAAAGAAUCAGAAACUAUCUAUGUAUACUACAAAUUGUCAGGCAGAAGGACCGACAUGUGGGCCGGAAGUGUUGGAAAUCACUUUGGCUAUUUCCCAAACGACCUUCUUGCAGUUAACCACCUUUAUACCGAGAAAGAAAUUGAAGUUCCAGCGGAGGAAACGGAUUUUGUCUGUUUUGACACUGGAUUUGAUAAGUUUGACAAUUAUGACGUAGAUUUACUGUUAGGCUCUUCACUGGAGGAGAAUGAUGGUGAAAAUAAUUUAACAUCUGACCAAACUCAAGUGGCGGAGGAUGAGCAGGAAGAAACACAGCCAUCAGCAGAAGAGGCGACUGACAGUGAAGAACAAACUGAGCAUCAUGAUAGCUAUGAGAACCUUGAUGAAGUCCCAGAUAAACAAAGUGCCUCUUUACCUGAACUUGACGUAGCAACUGAAUCACCUUCUGCAGAAGUAGUACCGUCUGAGACAGCAGCUACACCCGGUGCUACUGGAAGAGCUACAGAACACACAGAAGCUGAGAAAAACACAGCCGUGUCCAUUCUUGAAAAUGUGUCAGAAAGGACUGAAACCAAAGAAACGCCCUCAACCUCUCAAGUAGAAGCUGUGCCCAGAGGAGACUUUGCUUCAGAAAACAAACCAGUCUCGGUUUCUGAAGGAGUGCAAAUCCCCGUGUUAAAAACAACCCUUGGAACAACUUUCGAUGCCGUCAUCACCGAAGACGAAAUCACCAAGAAUGUCUCCCCAUAUGAAGAGGAAGAAGGCGAAUAUGUGGAAAAUCCGGCCGAAGAAGACAUGGAUGUUAAAGCAGAAACUCCAUUGCUGUCUUUUUCUGAAGAAACCAUGAACACUCCAGCAUCAGAUUCCCUCAAAAAGCAGGAAAGUCCUCCGACUACACAUGAUAAUAAGGCAGAGGCAGAGAAGAAGAAUGUGUGGACGUCCAUCGGAGAUGCUGUUUUUUCAGUUGUGACUGGGGGAGAGAGGACAGCACAAGAUUUGAGUUCAGAGGAGGAAGACGAUGACGAGGACGAAGAAGCUGCUCCGACAACCCCUCAGAGUUUUGAGGAAGAAAAGGCCGACGUAGAAGAAAAACAAAUACCAGUAGAUUCAUCUAAAGAGCCUAAGAACUUAGAGCCACCCUUGUUUGAUGAUGACGAUGAUGAUGAUGAUGAUGAGGGUUAUGUAGAAGAGAUCGGACCUGAGGACGCCUCGGAGGAAACUCUAACACCAACUGAUGAGCCGAUACACCAUCAAACAGAAGCAACUGCAAUAUCAGUGGAUCCGGUAUCACAAGAUGAUACUGCUGACGUUCAUGAGGCUGAAAACUCUGAUAUUCAAGCAACAGAUGAACCCAUUGAGAGUGAGGAAGAAGAAGAGGACAACGAGGAGGAGGAGCAGGAGGAAGAGGAGGAGGAAGUGUCCAAAGAUUCAGAGGUUAAUAAUGAUGGUAAGAGUAGCGUUGUAAUGGAGCAUAGUGAGGAUUUGGACAAUGAAUUGGACGAAAACAAAACUGUGCCGAAUCUAGAAUUAGCUGGUACCCUAACUGAAACACAGCCAGACCUGUUCACUGAGGAGAUGCAGGAUUCAGAUGUGAAAGAUGAUGAAAAGACAGUAGAUGACCGCCUACCUAAUCACAUACAUGACCACUUAAUGACUGAUUUAGAGAGUAAUAACAGUCAACCAGAAUUAUCUGUGGAGGGACCGGAGAGUCACGAGGAACGUCUUGCAGAUGAGUGGAAAGAUGAAGAAGAGAAAGAGGUGCAGGAACAGAAAGAGGAGCAGAAAGAAGAAUUACUUGAAGAUGAAAAUGCACUUUCUCUCUCACAAUCUGACAACAAAGACUCUGAAGCCUCCCCUGAAACGGCUCCGCCCGCUGUGUCCACUCCAGAGCCCGAAUACAGCGACAGCGUGAUGAGACUGACUCUGCUCCGAGGCCGUUUCUCAGAGGACACCAUGCAGAAGCUCCAAAAGCUUCUGGGUCUCAGGAAUCUCUUCAAAGUGGAGGCCAUGUACUCUGACUUGGACGUAGAGUUGCAGGCUUCCCGUCGCGCACACACGGGUACUACGCGAGACAUUGAAAAUGCACUCGAUGGCAUCCUGGAGGUCUCUGAAACCGCCAUCCUGGACGAGAUCGAGAAGAUGCUGGAUAACCGGAGCUCAAAACGCAGUUAUGACCAACAUGCAGACACACGCCGUUUGGAUGAGGAGACUGAAAUAAUGGAUGACUUCCAGGAGUUCGGAUUCAGCCUACGACAGAAGUAUUCUGCAGCCAGUGACAGCACGCCUUUGGCCGCAGAAAAAGCAUCAGAUAUUGACCACGAUGAACACAAAUUGCAAGUAAAAGAAGACACGCCCCACAUUGUUGAAGAAGACGAGGUUGUCGGCGUCCCUGAGGCUGAGAGCGAUGACAACCUCGUAGUAACAACUCAGGAGGAAAGACCAGCGGAGACUAAAGAAGACCAGGUGGUUUUGGAUGAGGCACACGGUGGACCGGAUGUCGGUGUGGAGGAGGAUGGCGGACUCUUUAAUAAAGACAAAGACAAUCAGCCUAGCUUCAGUGCAUCAGAUGAGAGGCAGGAGGUCCCUCAAGCCACCCUGGAAAAUCCCGUAGACAUGGGCCUUGGUGUCGAGGUUGAGCCCUCACCCUCAGGUUCUUUGGACUCCGUGGGACCAGUGUCUGAAAUUCACGAAGAAGAAAUGGGAUUAUUUUCAACUGGGAUGGUUUACAUGGGCUGCAUCCUUUCGUUGAUCAGGAGUAAAAUUGCAGAGUGGACCACUGAGGUGAUUUCAUUGCUGCCAGAAGAGUGGAAGCCGGGGGAAACCUUGUUUGGAUGUCCGUGGCAAGUUGUGGUCAUCACUGCUUUGGUUGGAGUGGUGACCUUCACCCUCUUCUUCUGGAGGACCGUGUUGGCAGUUAAGAGGAGCGAAUAUCUCGUGGAUGAAAAAAGGCUGGCGGAGCAAAUCCUGGCAUUAAAACAAGAGAAGAAUGACUCUCUCGCCAAAAUGUCUGAACUCCAAAAACAGACUGAACAACUGAAAGAAAAUCAAAAACAGUCAAAGGAAACAGUUAGUUGUACAAUAAAAAGGAUGCAAGACCUGGAGAGUAAAGUUUUGGAGGCAGAAACCCGGAAUGAACACGCAGCUGAGGAAAAAAACAAAUGUGCAAAACUACUCCAAGACGAGAGGGCAAACUCACUGCAAAAUGGCACCAGGAUCGAGAAGUUAGAGAAGUUAAACGAGAAGCUCCAGCUCAGCAGGAAGAAGAUCCAGGAGGCUCUCUCUAAGACCGCUGUUCUCCUGGACGAGGCCAAGAUUCGUGAAGAUGCCCGAAAAGUUCAGCAAAAAUGUCUCGAGAAAGAUUACUCUGCACGAAAAGAAGAAAAUAAAACACUCAAGGCUACCAUUAAGAGCUGGGAGGACAAACACAAGGAGCUGAACGAGCAGAUUAAAGUCUACCAAAAGUCCCAGAAAGAGCUGGAGGACUCGGUGGUGCUCAAAGAUCACAACGUGGAGGUGCUGUCUGAACUUCUGGCUGACCUCGACGCUUGUGAUCUGCAAAAGAGUGACACCAAAGUGUUAGCCAAUGGUGAAGUAGCUCCUGUGUCUUUUUCAGACAAGAAGACCGCCGUAAAGAACAGGAUCAAACAGAUGAUGGAUGUUUCUCGGGUCCAGACCACGCUCACUGUGGUCGAGGAAGAGCGCGAUCGCUUCAUGACCAAACUACUGAAUGAAGAAAAGACUAGAAAGUCACUGGAAGAGCAACACCAGGAGCUGGAGCAUGCAAUCACAGCCCUAAAAAGCGACAAGAGCCAUGUUGAAAACCAGUUCAAGAUCCUCCAGCAGAAAAACGAAAUCAUGGUUGAGAUGUAUCAGCAGAAGGAAAACGCUUUGCAGCAGAGAUUAACGAAGGAAGAGCUGGAGCGACGCAGCAAAGAGAGUCAGCUGUCCGAGGUGGGAGGAAAAGCUGUAGAGGCCGAGGAGCAGGUUAGAGUCUUCAGGCAACGCAUUAACGACAUUGAGGACGAGAUGAAGAAGACGGAGCAAGUCUAUAAAGACCAGAUCAAAGAACAGGAAAACAAAACUCACUCAAACUGGGUAAAUGCUCGUAAUGCAGAGCGAGCUCUGAAUCAAGAGAAGCUUGAGUCAUCAAAGCUCCGUGAAAAACUGGCUGUACUCACCUCCCAGCUCAAUGAGCGCCGCGCUCCUCUCUUCAGACCGAACUCUGGACAACCUGCCGGCCCUCGCCAAGGUGAUUCUUAUGGGCCCUCUCCUGUGAGUGGGGGUGCACCGUCCCCUCCAAUAAUGAUAGAGGGUCCCAGGCGCCCUCCAUCUGCCCCACUGGGGCGAAGAAUGGACCCGUACGGUCCACGGCCUCCAUCAGACCCACAUGGUCGUUACCCUGAAAGCAAACACAUCUCUGGGAUGGGUAUGUCCUCUGCCGUCUCUGCGUUUCAACGAGUUCACCUUUUGCUUUCAGCCUCGUUACAGCACUGUUGCCGUUUCUCCUCUUUCAGACAUGAUGGGCCCCCGAAGCUCGUCCCCUGCCAACAUGGAUGGAUCUGUAAGUCUUUUUCUCAGCCCAUCAUUUUUUUUUACACGUUACCUUUCCCUCAUUUCAUCUGCAGGGCUGGAGCUCCUACCGACUUGUCCGUUGUGUAUGUCCUUGCUCUGAAACAGACACAGGCAGUAGAUCCACAGGUUAAAGCAGAGACACAGGCUGAGGCCUCCUCAGGCAGUCCAGAGCCAGGACCUGGAUCCUUCCUAGCGUCUCCGAUCAGGGACUCACCGGGCCCUAUGGUCCCAGGACCUCCCCAUGGCCCCCACGACCAGAUCCUCCCUCCUGGACCCCACGGCCGCUUGCCGCCUCCUGGACCUUACAGAGCCCUAAGACCUGGCCUCUACCACCUUCCACCGGGUCCUCUUCCUCCUAAUGUAGCUCCUCAUCAUGGGCCUCCACUACCAGCCAAUGGGCACCCAGGUAUGCCACUGCCUGGACCAAUGGGAGGAGAGUUUGGACCUCGCCCUGCCAACGGACAUGCAUUCAACCCCAGGCUAGCCCCUGCACAUGUCAUCGAUCCUCGGGGUCCACUACCGCCACACUUCCGUCCAACUCAUCACUUCGGGCCGAUGCCUCUGCAACAUGGUAUCCGUGGACCUAUGGGACCACGUCCACCUGUCCCUCUUGACAUGCGCUACCCAGGACCCCGAGACCACUACAGCCUACCAGUGAACCUGCCUCCAGGCGCCCCGCCCCAUCCCGCACACGGUCACGCUCCACCCGACGCCCUCCAUAGCUCGCACAGCGGCCCCAGACAGGACCUGCAUGCGAAGCAGGAGGCCCCUCAGGACUCAGCGAGGCCAGCGAUGGUCAAGCCUUAAAGAUGCCACCAGCUGUGGCAGAGGACUUGAACUUAGCCUGAACACAUCACAUCAUCACCCCAGAUCCAGCCUGAACAAAGGUCAUGAUUAUUUUCAUAUUUCAGUUAUAAAAUAAAAAAAUUACAAGGAUGUUUAUAAAAAGAAAGUCCUUAAAUUAAAGCAUCAAUAAUUGUGUCUGAAAUCAAUGCGUGAAGAGGUUUGCCACUUUUCUAAACAGCUUAUUGUGCAAUAAUAAUUCAUAUGUAUUUUCAUUUUUGUUGAUCUUUUAAAAAAGUAUAUAUAUCAAUGAUUUUUAAGGGGCAAUUUUUUAAAUGUCAUUUCCUGUGGAAAUUAUUUUAAAAAAGGAGUUUAGCUUCUAGCGUUUCAGGAACUCCAUAAUUUCCCAAAGCUGUUGCUUUUGAGUCGACUGUAAAGCAGAUGUGUAAUUUGAUGGCCAGAUGUAUAACUUAUUUUACUAUGUUGGUAGAACUUGUAAUAAUAAAGAAUGUAAAAGCUGUC